AUGAAUCAGAAAAGCUCACAAAAAAAAGUUUCUCCGGAUGUCUCUCAACCUCAUCAACCACCAAAAGACUCUAGUUCUACCAAAGCUCGGGUUGAGGGGGAACCAUAUUCGAAUGAUUCUAUCCCUAAAAUCGCUUUAGAAUCUUCUAAACUACCUACCCCAACCUCCUAUCAUCAAUCUGGACCAGUCAUAACACCAGUCACUGCAACUUUUGAGGGGGAACCACCUUUGGAUGGUUCCAUUCUUAAAGGUACUUUACAAUCCUCCCAACCAUCCAGUCCAUGGUUUCAGGGGAACCCCACUCGACUGGUUCCAAUCCCUCCAGUUCCUUCAGAUCCACUCCAUCUAUUGAAUUCAAGCACACAACAGUUGAGGGGGAACCACUUAUUUCAGGAACAAUCUAUAGAAGUCAGUGUUAUAGUUGAAUAUUUACAAAAGUACCCAUUGGCAUAUGCACUCCUUACUUAUUCUCCAACUCCACAAUCUCUUUUUUCAGACGUCUUUCAAUCUGUAGCCAUCUCUCCACGAGCAAAGUCAAAGCAUCUUGAUGUUGAAUUUGAUCUUUUUUUAGCUAACUUGGUUCUAACUAAAGAAGAGUUCGCAAUCAGUUUAGGUCUAAGCAAUGGUUCUCGCAAACCUACGACAUUUUUCACCCCUUCUUCUGCUCAACUAUUGACAAUGUUCAAGGGAAUGGGGUAUAAAUUUGAAGAAAACUCUAAACUAAACCUUUCAAGAAAUAGGAAAGCUUGCCUUCCCACACCAUGGCACUUUCUCAAUUCUAUCCUCACUCGAUGUAUUUUCGGAUCAGUUGGUGGACGUACUCACGGUAAAACAGAUCUUUGGAUUGUCAUGUAUGGGCUUUUCUAUGACAUCAACGUUGCCUACGCAUCUCUUAUUUGGGAAGACGUCCUUACCUUUCUCCCUGCCUCAAAGAAUAAGUUCCUGAUUCAUCAUCCUUGCGGGUGGUCUAUAAUUAUUCAUGAUGUCAUCAAUAAUAGCAAUCUUACACCAAAAGGGAUUCCAGAAGGCCCACUGCCAAAAUUCUUGCAGGAAGCACUCAGAUCAUGCAACCAAGAAGUCGGACUAAAAAAGAAGCGAGCAAAUUCAGAUCAACCGCCUCUUGUCCCAUCUCUAGCCGUCUCUAAUGAUAAUCUUGGAGUAGAUUUAGAUGAGCCCACAUUUCCUCUUAAAACUGGUACAACCUCUAAGCCACUCUCUUUCUUAGAUUCCUUGUUUCAAGCUCCAUCUGAUUAUGUCGAACCAUCCUCCCUAGCUCUAGUUUCACCAGCAGGCUUUCAGUCAGUUCUAGAAAGUCCAAGAAAUCAUGUCUCCUUGGAUUAUGACUCACUUGAGGACGAUGAUCAAGACAGUGUAAAGAAAUCUGAACUUGAAGAUCUCCCUAAAAGCUUUCCAGUACAAGAUAAUCAAGAUGAGGAUACUCCAAUGCAAACGGUAGACAUACCUUCCAGUGAAGGACUGAUAGUCGAUGAUGAACCACACGACAUGUCAAUUGUCCUAUACUCCAAACCUUCUACCAGGACAUUCAACAUUGAUCUUAAUGAUUACUCUCCAUCACCUCAUAAAGAGUCCCAAGAACAUGAUGAUAUUCAAGAAGCUAAGUUCUCUUAUUUUCCACCGGAUCCUCCUCAGGACGAUGAUACUCCAGCAGAUACAAAUAAAGCAAACACAUCUGAACCUGAGCCUGAACACAAUGUGUGUAUCCUCUUUGAGACAACAGAAGCACAAGUGAAAAAAUUGAGGUCACCAUUGAAGACUUUGAUGGCACAGCUGCAUAUAUCAUGGGAAAAGUUAUUCAGUCAUAUCAAGGCUCAAGACCAAUACAUCUCCACUCUUGAGACGUCAGUUGCAGAAUUAUCGAAAGGUUUAGCAUCAUCCUCCAUGUCUCCCUUUCAAGCAUUUAGAGAGCAAGUCCAAUGUCAACUGGAUUCAUUGCAAUCUGACAUUGCAAAUCUCUCAAAAUGCAAUUCCCAGAAAGAAAAUAACUCCUCAGGUGAAAUAUAUUCUCUUCAGAAGACUGUUCAUUUGGUAGUCAAUGAAGUCAAGGAUAUCAAGACACAAUCUUCUUCUUCUGAUAUACGCAAACUUCAGAAAAAAGUUGCCUCUACUGAAUCCAAGUGA